UGGCACUAAGUUCCCGAUGGACCACGGAUCAGGAUCUGAACAGAUACUACACACUUGAUCUGAGCCAAAAGUCCGAGAAAGAUCUUCACGGGGGUGUUCUUCGAUCAGCAGUCAACAUAUAGGUAUAGUCGGUUUCACGGGUGUGUUGAUGACGCGAUCCCGACAAUGGGUGCGGAACAUGUGGCGUGCUCCCAUUGCGGGGAGGCGCGGCUGGAGCCGGCGCUUGAGGGAUGGGGAGGCGUUGGCGAAGGCUAUGUUUGUGAGAAUUGGAAGAACUACGAACGUGGCCAUGGCUGCAACAGGUGCGUGAGCUUACAGGAGUAUAAUGAUCUCCUGUGCGCCGCCAACAACAAGGAUGAUUGCCCCACCACGUCUUCGUCCGCUAGCGAGGUGGAUGAUGAACGACAGUCCGACGGCGAUGAUUAUAGCGACGAUGUCAAUGAUGAGGACGAGAACGAGGCGGACGGGGACGACGACGACGAUGAUGAAGAAGGAGAAGAAGAGGAGGAGCCACCGCUCUCAUCGAAGAAGAAGAAGAAGAGGAAGAAGAAGCAGUCAAGUGCAGCGGCGACGGGUGUUGUUGCCGGGGCCGCCGCUUCGCGACCCAGCCUGGUAGCGCGAUCGGGACUGAUGACGAGAAAGAAAUUAGAACCCGCCAGCAGCAAUAAGAAGGUGACGACGAAACAGGAGACGAAGAAGAAGGCCGUAGCGGAGCUGAACCAGAAAGACAGAAAUGUCGCCGCUCUGCUCAGCGGCGAGCUCGUGGUUAAGCGGCAGCCGCUUCUGACGAAGUACCUGUCGGUGUCAGCGGGAGCGGCAGUCGUUCGUAAGCCCUUCAAGUCUCCCUGUCCCGGCGCGGGCGACAGCGGCGGAUCCGCGAGCGUCGAGCUGCUGCGUCGGCUGAAUGCCAGGAAGAAGUUCAUUCCGUGGGGAAGCAAGAAGCCUUUCGAGCCGUCGCUGAGCGCCCCGCCUCCGCCUGCGCCUCCUCCUCCGCCGGAGGAGGAUUCCAAGGUGGAAGAGGAGCCGCCUGCCACAACAGAGCAAUCGUCGACAACAACCGACGCGAGCGGCGGGGAGGAUGCGCUCCCACCUGGCAUCGAGCCGCUACUGUUAUGGGAUCCCGACGACGGCGGAGAGUACGUGACGGAAAGAUCGCGACCGAUCCUCGUGGACAACCACCUCGUGCGUUUCUUGCGGCCACAUCAGCGGGAAGGUGUUCAGUUCAUGUUCGAGUGCGUGGCGGGUCUGCGAGACUUCUCCUCCUCCUCCCCUCUCAAUACCAAGAAUGUGUCAUCGAACGACGACGAAGACAGCAGCAGCAGCAGCAGCAACCGGACCACAAAAUGCUGCCGCGGCUGCAUCCUCGCGGACGACAUGGGCCUUGGCAAGACUUUGCAGAGCAUCACUCUGCUCUGGACUCUCCUUUGCUCCGGAUUCGAUGGGACACCGAUGGCCGCUCGUGUGGUCAUCGUGACCCCGACGAGCCUGGUCAGCAACUGGGGUUCGGAGCUGACCAAAUGGUUAGGCGAUCGCGUGAGGGCGAUGGCACUUUCUGAGUCGACGCGCGCCGAUGUGGUGGAGGGAAUCUCGGCGUUCCUUCGUCCUGUUUCUCCUAAAACUGCCUGCCAAGUGCUGAUCAUCUCGUACGAGACGUUCCGCCUCCACUGCAAGAAGUUCCACGAAAGCGAGAGGAGCUGCGAUCUGCUGAUCUGUGACGAGGCCCACAGGUUGAAGAACGACAAAACGUUGACCAACCAGGCGUUGGCAGCGAUGCCAUGUCGAAGGCGGGUGUUGUUGUCGGGAACUCCAAUGCAGAAUGAUCUCGAAGAGUUCUUCGCGAUGGUCGAUUUCACUAACCCCGGUGUUCUGGGGGACGCGGCGGCGUUCCGCCGGUACUUCGAAGGGCCCAUUUUGACGGGCAGGGAGCCGGACGCAACGGAAGAAGAACGAUGCCUUGCAGCGGAACGAUCCUCGGAGUUGUCGACGAUCGUGAAUCAGUUCGUGCUGCGGCGAACCAACGCUCUAUUGUCGAAGCAUCUUCCUCCCAAGAUUGUGGAGGUGGUCUGCUGCAAGAUGAGCGAUCUGCAGACCAGGCUGUAUCUGCAUUUCACUCAUUCGCAGAGCGUGCGCCAGGUUCUGGAAGCGGCGGGAGGAGGAGGAGGAGGAGGAGGAGGAGGAGGAGGAGGAGGAGGCGCGGAAGCGUUCAGGCUCAUUUACGACACUGUGCGCGCGGGGGGCGCCGACGCGGCGGGUUUCGCCGAUUGCCUCUCCCUCUUCCCACCGGAGAUGUUCGCCGGGAGAACGGGCACCUGGACCGGGGGAGGAGGUUUCUGGGUGGACUUGUCCGGUAAAAUGGCCGUACUUGCUCGUCUCCUCCACCGUCUGCGCCAGAGCACCGACGACCGAAUCGUUCUCGUCUCCAAUUACACGCAGACUCUGGAUCUGUUCGUUCAGAUCUGUCGAGAACGGAACUAUCCCUUUCUGCGACUGGACGGGACCACCUCCAUCGGCAAACGGCAGAAGCUGGUGCAGCGCUUCAACGAUCCGCUGCAGAACGAGUUCGCCUUUCUGCUCAGCAGCAAGGCGGGCGGGUGUGGACUCAAUCUCGUCGGGGGCAACCGGCUUGUUCUCUUCGAUCCCGAUUGGAAUCCUGCAAACGACAAGCAAGCCGCGGCUCGCGUCUGGAGAGACGGACAGAAGAAACGCGUGUUCAUCUACAGGUUCUUGGCGGCGGGAACCAUCGAGGAGAAGAUUUACGAGAGACAGAUGUCGAAAGAAGGACUGCAGAAGGUAGUCGAUAAGCCACAGCAACAGCAGCUACCGUCGGACGACGAUGGCAACGGGAGCACCAAGGCGGCGCAAGUGAACGUGAAUUCUAUGUCAUCGGAAGACCUACGAGAUCUGUUUACGUUCCGUGGAGCCACCAAGUCGGACAUACACGACAGCCUUAACUGCGAUCGAUGUCCGGCGGAUGGGCAAGCGAACGACAACGUAACUGGCGAUGACAGCGCCGCCGCUCCAGAAGAAGCUGGCGCGGGAGGGGAAAAAGGAGGAGGAGGAGGAGGAGGAGGAGGAGGCACAACAGAAGAAAAGGAAGACAUUGGAGGUUUUGCUGCGGUGGCGGGCUGUUUCGAUCGCCUCCGACCUUGGCAGAGGCAGAUCGGGACGCCGACAGAGGAAGAUUUGAGAAGCUGGGGCCAUCACUCCGACUGUGCCCGCACUGUCCCGGACUCUAUGAUGCAACGCGCGGCCGGGGACGAUGUUUCCUUCAUCUUCAGUUGUCAGAUCGACGGUCAGCUUACGCCGAUCGAUUCCGUCAAGCCGGGAGCAUCGUCGCAAAAAACCGGGUUGGGCAGCGGAGGCAGGGUGAUUCUUGGUGUGCGGAACGGUCCCGCUGCUCCGGAGGCGGCUGGGGCUGGAGGCGUGGCAUCUUCGCAGAAGAAAGUGCUAGGAGGAUUACGCUCGCGAAUGCCGCUCCCCUUCUCCAGGCCGCCUCUGGCGACAGGAGGAACAAGGAAGACCUUUCCCCUCGCUCAGCAGCCUUCUGCCAGAGCAGCGCCAGGAUCACAGAUGAGAGCUUCGGGAAGGGGAAUGGACAGAGGAGCACAGGUAACCACUCCUUUCAGGACGAAUCUCAGUCCUGCUGCUGCUGCAAGUUUUGCUGUCCCCUCACCGAAACCGACUGCCACAGUGCCUUCUGCUGCGCCAAAUCCACCAGAACCCUCCUUGGCGAAGAGAGUCGGUGCUCCCGCCGUUCCUGUGCCUCUUGCCAGGUUGAAGAAAGAGCCCAUUCAAGAAGGCGGCGGUAGCAAUGGCAGCGCUUCUGGCGCUUCCAUGUCCGUCACGGAUCUUACCGGUGAUGGGGGUGGCGGCGACGAGGGGGGUAAUCGAGGGGCGAGGAAGCCUUCCCCCGUGAGCGUGAGCCCAGCUGUUGGUGCUAGUCCGAGCGUGAAACCGAAAGCGACGAGAGGGAGGGGCCGCCCGCCUACAAGAAAAGGCGGACAGGGUGUAGCAGGCGUCCGAGGCUUCUCCGACAAGUCUGGCGGCGCCAGAGGCGGGAAGGAUCGGAACGCCGGCGGCUCGGGCAAGAAAGGUCCCGCUGGCGGGCGAAAGGGUAGUAAGAAUGCCACUAAGAAGAAACGACGCGCCAAGAGCGAUGAUGACGAUGAGGACGAGUGGGAGGAUAGCAGUCCCGACGAGGACCUCGAUGAAAUUGAUUGUCUAGAUGAUAAAUCUCAUGACGAGAGCGAUGGCGAUGCUUCUCUCUCCGAUGACGACGUCUGUGACGAACGGGCGGCUGAAGUCGGCGGCAUGGAAAAGGGCGAAGGGGGUGACAGCUGUCGUGGAAAGAGCGACGAGGAGGAGAGCGUUGGACAAGAUGAAGGGAUGGAGAGACAGGAGGACUGCGUAGGAGAUCUUGACGUGGAGGAACAUGCAGGCAAACCGACAAUGAGAACAGAUGGGACCAAGCGUAAACGUUCUUCUUCUACUUCUUCCUCUUCCGAUGAUUCUCUACCUGAUGAACUUCAUGAGAUUGAUUCCGAGAAUAAGAAGGGGGAUGGCGUGCGGGUUCUGGGGACACCCGGCUCGAUGAAGUUGAGAGUGGUCGGUCUUGGGAACUCAAGGAAUGAACCACCGAGUGCAGCUGGAGCUGGAGCUGGAGCUGGAGCUGGAGCUGCGUCUGGGACUGGACUGGCCGAUCUGUUGUUUGCGGCCGAAUCUCUAGAAGGAGCUGUUGUAAGGGGAGAUGUGCCGGCAACCGGCACCAAGCACCGUCGAUCACGAAACAAGGCGGGGAAUGCUCGUCCAGAGGACUGUGGUGAAAAGAGGAAGCGGAGAGCCGCAGCUCCUCCGCGUCCCCCUCCUCCUCCAACAAGGCCACGUCGUGGCGAGUCUCUUGGUCGAAGGCCCAAAUACGAUGACUCCGGUGACGACUUCGCUGAUCGUGGCGGCGAGGGUGAUGAUGACGACGACGAUGAUUUCAUGUGAACCCCCCCUCGCCUCUUGCAGAAGCAGCUACUUACUGCUGGCUGCUUGCUGCAUCGUAAUUGCAACGA